ACAGAUACUUGCAUAGGACCAUAGCCCUCUGAAGAAUAUCGCUGGAAGAAUAUGCGGAAAGUGGAAACCAAUGUAUCCCCAGCGACUAUUUACCUCCAGUGGGUCAUGGACGAGCAUCGUGCACUGUAAAGCAACUGGGAUCUCAGUUAAAACCAUUCACAACACAUUUGGACGUUGUUGUUAUAUUAUAUAAUAUCGCCCAUAUAGAUACAUCUUGUAUAAUAUUGCAUACUAAUCAUAAGUAGACUCGUAUAAUCGACAUUCCAAUACAACCUACACAAUGGUAGUUGAUGCUGUCAUGGCGUCACACACUACGACCGCGAGUUAUCUGGACACGUUGAAGAAACGUACCAAACUCAGCAAGAACGUUGCAAUGCCUGAUUUCCUCGUACAUCCAACCAACAGAGACAAUGCGCUCAAGUGUGGGGAAACAUGGUUGAGUGGGAAGGUAGUAGACGAUGAUAUAGGGGAUUUAAAUCUAUGGCGUGUACAUGAUAAGCUGUAUGAUCUUACGGACUUUGCGAAGAAACAUCCUGGAGGCGCUUUCUGGCUAGACAUGACGCGUGGUAUGGUUGAAUGA